CGUCUAUCCGUUGAAAGGGUUGUAAGUUGUAGCUGGUUGUGUCCAGUUGUGUCGGUUGUUGAUCUGUGUGCUGGCUUGCUCCUAGUGAUCUUAGAAACACGCAAAAUUAACGAUUUUGUUGACGAAAAUGAGAAAACCUCGUAAGUGACGGCGCAGUUGCUUCCCAGUGACAGUGCGGGAAGAAAGCGUCUUACCUGCAUAGUCAUAAUGGAGUCCUGCUUGGCUGUGGAGCGAGAGAUUGACAAAGUGUUGAAUAAGUUUGGCACCUUGAGCGAGCACACUAAAAGUGCGCUGAGUGAAUUGAUCAACUACGUGCAAGAGUUGUACCGGGAACUUGGAGAACUUCCUCCUGAAACUGACGUGACGACGUCGCACGGCAUAGCGCUGACGCAAUGCGCUCAAAAGAUCAGGGAUGUGAGCAGUUCCCUGGCCACAGAGCAUCGCGAUCUCCACGGUACGGUAUCCAAAGUGGGCAAGGCAAUAGACAAGAAUUUGGUACCAGACUUCUGGGCCACCAGCAGCGAGGAGGUGUUUGAGGGUGCAGAGAAAGCGGCGGCCCUGAACCAGGUGAUUGGCGAGCACCUGCUGCGCCAGGGCAUGCUGGACAUUGCUGAAGAGCUGUCCCGCGAGGCGGGCCUAGAGUCAGCCCAAAAGGAGCCGUUUGCCGAGCUCAACAGCGUGCUGGACGCCCUCAAGCGGCGCGACCUGGGCCCCGCACUGGCUUGGGUAGGCCAGCACCAGCUGCAAGGCACCAGCCUGCACCUCCAGCUCCACCGGCUGCACCUGGUGGGACUGCUGCAGAGAGGCGCUGCAGCAGAGGCCAUCGCCUAUGCCCGAACCCAUCUGGCACCGCUGGCACGUCAGCAUGAGCACGACCUGCAAGUCCUCAUGGGAAGCCUGGCAUUCCUGCGCAUGCCGGGAGGCCUGGCCCGUUCGCCCUAUGCCUUCCUGCUCGAGCCCGCCCUGUGGGGUGAGACGUGCGAGGCGUUCACGCGCGACGCAUGCGCCCUGCUUGGCCUGUCGGUGCGCAGCCCGCUGGCGGUGUGCGUUGAAGCCGGCAGCCUGGCCCUCCCCGCACUCCUCAACAUCAAGCAGGUAAUGCUGCAGCGCCAGGUGGCAGGGGUGUGGAGCACCCGUGACGAGCUGCCCAUUGAAAUCCGCCUGGGCUGCCAAUUCCACUCGGUCUUCGCCUGCCCCAUCCUGCGGCAGCAGAGCAGCGACGCCAACCCUCCCAUGCGGCUCGUCUGUGGCCAUGUCAUCUCGAGGGAUGCCCUGCACAAGCUGGCCAGUGGCAGCAAGCUCAAGUGCCCCUACUGCCCCGUGGAGCAGAACCCUGCUGAUGCACGCCUCAUCCACUUUUGAUGCCUUCCUGUCGUGCCAAAAGGCUGUGUCGCAACAAAGGCUGUGCUUCAGCCUGGUGUGGAUUUUUUCGAAGUGUGUGCUGUCGUGUAAUCAUACAAAAAAUUUAGAUUGCCUAAUAAAACAAUCGUGCUAGGGAUGA